CGUUCCUUGCCAAAUUUUGAGUUAGCCAAAAUUAGCGAGUCCUCGAAAUUACCAGUAAAAGCAAAGCAUGUCCUGGUCGAGCGGGCUGAACAGUGGGGGCGUGCGCGUCCUGCUCCCGCAGCUCCGCCCCUGGCAGCGGGUGGAGUGGCGCUCCUGCAUCCAGUCGCAGAUCUACCGGGACUGGGGCGUCUACUACACCCGCCGCCUGCUGGAUCGCACGGCGCUGGAGAGCUUCGGGCGGGCGGUGACCGUCUGCAAGGAGGAGGAGACGGGAUGCCCCGGAACACACACCCCCACUUCGGUCUACCCCUCCACCUGCCUCCUGCCCCGCAAGUCUGCCCUAGCCCCCCUUCACAGCUGCUUGGAGGCGGAGGCGGGCGUCUGCCCCGAGGACUACAAGUCCUUGUUCCUGAGGAGUCGCUGCCAGCGCACGCUGGCCCGUCCGGAACUGGCCCUCCUGGACGUCCAGCGGGCACAGCGGGCUAUGGAGGUGGUCCGCCACCAGCGGCAGUCCUGCGUCCUGGGUGCCGCCGAGAUCAUAGCCGAGAAGUGCGAAGCCCUCGUGGACGCCAACGAAUUCGAGAGCGCCCUCACCACACUUUACAUGGAGGGGCGUCCCUUCAGGGCACAGUUCACCCACGGCCCCUUUGGGUUGAUUGAGCAGAAGACCCUCGGCGUUUUCGAGGACACCUUGGGCGAAUCGCUGGUACCCUUCAUGCAGCAGCACCGUGGCGUCCUUGAGGAGGUCAGCCGCCGGCAGAAGGAGCAGGCCGCCCAUGUGCCACGCCUCCUGCGGAAGGAGCUGCGCGACCGGCAGCAGUGCGACGUGCAGAGCGUCCUCGUCAAGGAGCCGGAGCGGUUGACCCCGCUGGAGAGGGCCCAUCGGCGGUUGAGCGAACGCCUGUACAACUACAACUGCAUGGGCCGCAGCGCCGUCGACGUUGCGCUUCUACGUCGGCUGCGCAGCGACCGCAACUUCCUCGAUCCCCUGAGGCUGAGUACCACGCCCCCCGGACGCCAACUGAGCGAGGAGCAGUACACAAUUGUCCGGCGGUUCAUGAAAAUGGUGCAUGCCCGGAAUCCGCUGUACAACCGGCGGUACGUGAGGCAGCGGCACGGGCGGAUUGGGGAGCAGGAGCGGCGGCGGAACCGGGAGAUGCACCUGUUCCACGCCCAGUACCAGACACGCCGCGACUGCCUGAAGAUGCUGCAAGAGAUGCACAGGCGCCGGAGGGAGGGGGAUGUGGAUAAGCUGUCCGACUACGUGGAGCAGACCAUGUCCGACUACUUCGAGGUGAAGACGCAUCGCACGCUGCCCUGGAAGUGGGAGUUCCUCAACGACGUCUACAACACGCUGGCCUUGGCCCACUGCGACCGCUGUGCCGUUCCCGCCAACGUCGACUUCCUGGAGCCCUAUAACCGACACAUACUGUACCUACUCCGGCCAGAGAAGGUGCGAGCCAUGACGGUCAGCUUCGGGGGGUCCAACAUCUACCUGGAGAUCGAUCGGGAGGAGGAGCGGCACAGACGUAUUAACCAGAAGCUGGAGCACCUGGAGAAUCGGCUGCGCCACUCCCGCUACCCAAUCGAGCGAUCGUACCUGUUUUUCGAGAUCGCGCGCUGCCACUUCAAGGAGUCGCGCUUCGACAAGGUCCUGGUGCUGGCCCGAAAGGCCUUCAACGAGGCACGCAAAUGCAACUGUUUGGUUUGGCAGUUCAACAGCAUAUUCCUGGGAUGCCAAGUACACGCCGUGCUCAAUCGAUUCGAGAGGCUAAAGGAAUCCCUGGGCAAGGCAAGUCAAUUGGCAAGCGAUCUAAGGGCCCCCAAGCUGGUGGCCUAUAUAGCCAUCUGCAUUAACGUUAACAACUACGAGUUGGCAAUACGGCGGUUGCGGCAGUCGGAUGUAACAGUUCGAAGAUCCCGCAAACGUAGUCCCGCGAGCACAGCAACAAUAAGCUCCCAGGCAUCUUUUAGCAGUAUAGUACCAUAAUCAAAAUAUAUAAAUAACACAUAAUGUAACUAAGAUACUGAGUCAAUUGCUCUUAACUCUUCAUUACCAUUUUGCAAUGGAGUAAAAAGUUAAGA